AUGCCUGUCGAAGUCCGCCAUUCACCUCCACCUUUGCACCACCCGAGUUCGGGUAACAUUCGACCGAAAGGCAUACUCAAGAACCCCUCAUUCUCCUCUGCGAGUGGCCGACCAGAAUCUCCGUCAAAAGAGACCUUCCAAUUCCCUCCCACCACACCCCUCGACCCUCAGGAAGAAAGAGAAUUGACCUUGCAAAACACCCUCCAAAAUGCGGGACAUCGCCGUUCCUCGUCUGCCGCUAGACGCACGUCCGCAUCUCGACGUCACUCCUCGGCCGUCUCCAACGACCACCAGGACGAUCCAGACAAGAUGCGAUUGAAGUGGGACGAAGCCAAUCUCUACCUGGCCGAGCAAGAGUCGGGCGGCCGUAUGAAGAUCACAGAGCCCAAGACGCCUUACCAAUACGGCGAUGCCAUGGAAGAAGACGAGGAAGAAGAUGUGGCUAUUGACCCCCGUUUUGUUAACGUCGACGAGGUCGAAAUGGCCAAGAACAAGCCCGAAAAGAAGCACCACCGUGAAAGCGAAAUCCCAGGCCUGGAACUGGGGGAGCCAGAAGACGAUUUCGCUGCCGCACCGGGAACGGAAGAUGAUCGCAUCAUACGAGCGAGCAGCCUUUCGCGGGAAAACAGCAAGGAAAAGCAUGUCAGUGUCAGCGAGGGGGGUGAAAAUAACGGUUUCACUGAGCAGGUGGGGAUGCCCACCAGAGAGGAAGCAGAAAAGCAUCGUCAGUUUGAACAACGAAGAAAGAAGCAUUACGAGAUGAAGGACAUUAAAGGUCUCCUGGGUCACCCAGAGGAAUUGGAUGUCGAUGACGACGAUGAAGCAGCCUCUCCCACGUCCGUGCCCAAAAGACUCCCCGAGAGAUCGGUUAAUGGCACACAAUAA